AGUCCUUGCUCUGCGUACUGCGUUCGCCGAGGGGGAGGGCGGAGCUGCCGGCGGCCCGGGCGGGCUGGCAGCUAGAGUGGGUGCGAGAGCCACCUCCUCCUCUGCCGCCUCCGCUGUCGCCUCCUCCGCCCGGGCCGUUCGCUGCUGCGUGGGGAGAGCGAGGCGGGGCCGCCGGGGCCGCCAUGGAGCCCGACUCGGUGAUUGAGGAUAAGACCAUCGAGCUUAUGUGUUCUGUGCCAAGGUCUUUGUGGCUAGGCUGCGCCAACCUGGUAGAGAGCAUGUGCGCACUGAGUUGCCUGCAGAGCAUGCCCAGUGUCAGAUGUCUCCAGAACACUUCAGUUAUGGAAGAUCAAAAUGAAGAUGAGUCCCCAAAGAAAAAUACUCUUUGGCAGAUAAGUAAUGGAACGUCAUCUGUGAUUGUCUCCAGAAAGAGACCAUCAGAAGGAAACUAUCAAAAAGAGAAGGACUUGUGUAUUAAGUAUUUUGACCAGUGGUCUGAAUCAGAUCAAGUGGAAUUUGUGGAGCAUCUUAUUUCACGAAUGUGUCAUUACCAGCAUGGACAUAUUAACUCUUACCUGAAGCCCAUGUUGCAGCGGGAUUUUAUCACCGCGUUACCAGGUAACUGCUCUUGUCUUAAACAGCUGAGCAGUGGAGAAGUACUCAACCUAAUGCGCCUCAGAUGGGACCAGUACCUGUUUAAAAACAGACCCACAGAUGGCCCUCCGAAUUCAUUUUAUAGAUCACUAUACCCAAAGAUUAUUCAGGACAUAGAGACUAUAGAAUCUAACUGGCGGUGUGGACGACACAACUUGCAGAGGAUUCAGUGCCGCUCUGAAAAUAGUAAAGGUGUCUACUGUUUACAAUAUGAUGAUGAAAAAAUCAUCAGGGGCUUACGAGAUAAUUCUAUUAAGAUCUGGGAUAAAACUAGCCUGGAGUGUUUGAAAGUGUUAACAGGGCAUACAGGCUCUGUCCUGUGUCUGCAGUACGAUGAACGUGUCAUUGUAACUGGCUCUUCAGACUCUACAGUUAGAGUCUGGGAUGUAAACACAGGUGAAGUUCUUAACACACUGAUCCAUCACAAUGAGGCUGUUCUGCACUUACGCUUCAGCAAUGGAUUGAUGGUGACUUGUUCUAAGGACCGUUCAAUUGCUGUGUGGGAUAUGGCUUCUGCCACUGAUAUCACUCUACGCCGAGUCCUGGUUGGCCACCGUGCUGCUGUCAAUGUAGUCGACUUUGACGAUAAGUAUAUCGUGUCUGCCUCUGGUGACAGGACCAUCAAAGUCUGGAGCACAAGCACCUGUGAAUUUGUUCGCACUCUCAAUGGGCACAAGCGAGGCAUUGCCUGUCUCCAGUACAGGGACCGUCUGGUGGUCAGCGGAUCAUCAGAUAAUACCAUCAGGCUUUGGGAUAUUGAAUGUGGUGCCUGCUUAAGAGUCCUGGAGGGACAUGAAGAAUUGGUCCGAUGCAUCCGAUUUGAUAACAAGAGGAUUGUCAGUGGUGCCUAUGAUGGGAAAAUUAAAGUUUGGGACUUGCAAGCUGCUCUUGACCCUCGAGCCCCAGCAAGCACAUUGUGUUUGCGCACGUUGGUGGAACAUUCUGGUCGUGUGUUUCGGCUGCAGUUUGAUGAGUUUCAGAUCAUUAGCAGCUCCCAUGAUGACACUAUUUUGAUUUGGGAUUUCUUAAAUGUGCCUCCCAGUGCUCAGAAUGAGACACGUUCUCCCUCCAGAACAUACACUUACAUCUCCAGAUAACAGUCUGCACUUUUACCCUUUCCAGGGUUUCCUAGUCUUGAACUACUGGCUACAUGGCUACCAGAUGCCUAAGGGAGUUCGUUCACAGCUGAGUUAUGAAGCUGGAAUUGGUUCUAGACGCUGGGUAGAUGCAAAGCAGCCUCACUCUUCAAGUACCGACAUUUCUCACCUCUGAUCCCGGCUCUACUCUGAGAAGGAUAUUUUAGCUUCACCGACUUCAGUAGAACAGAAGCCCACUUCCUACCCCCAUCAGUGAAAAAAAUCUAAUGCGUCAAAUGUAAAUUGUUCAUGUAAAGGAACAUAACAGUCUGUUUUAUGGAAGUAAAUCGACCAUCAAGAGAAGACUUGGCCUCUAUAAUUUAUAAUGCUUUGCACUUUGGUCUGAUAUUAAGAAGCAGCAUUCUUCUUCAGUGAAAUUUUGGGUGCCAAACACCUACCCAGAAUGUCCAGGGCUUUCCUUUCAGAAGUUAGUAUUCUCCUUUUGACUGUGCAAGUCAUUAUAAAUUUUGACUUGUAUUAGGAAUAUACAUGGUGGACAAUGGAAAAAUCUCUCUGGAUUGUUUUAGUAAUAUUUUUUGGAUUAUACUUUCUGUACCAGUUUCUUUUAAUUUAAAGAACUAUAAGCCAGCUAUAUUAUCUCUCCAUAGGUAAUAUAGCUCUUUUCUUUUAUUAACUUUUCUCUGCGCUCAACCAUCUCCUGAUAUUUGGUAGAGUAACACCUUUAUCAUAUGCUUGCCUCCUAAUUUAAAUACUGUAUCCGCAUGUAGAUAUAAUGUACAUAACAGUUUAACCUCAAGGUUGCUGGAGUCAGGCCCUUGUGCCUGAGACACUAACACAGAGUGUGAUCGCACUUAGCCAUGGGCUGGCCUCGAGAACCUAAUACCAGGGUUGAUGUGGAUGACCUAGAACCCUUCCUGCAGUAUUCAUAUGGUAUUUUUAUUUUGUCACUGUCGUGUGUGUGUGUGUGUGUGUGUGUGUGUGUGUGUGUGUGGUGUUUUUAAUGGGAAUCUUGUUUUAAAAUCUAACUUCUAAAGUUUUAACACAAAUAAAUGUUUUAUUUGUUAUGUAGGAUAUACAAUAGAGAGGUACCUUCAAUUUUUUGUUGUUUUCUCGUAAGUACUCCUGAGUACUAGUGGUCACCUCCAGUACUGCUCAUUAGGCUUCUUUGUCAAAAGCCAUCUUUCUGUGCAGGUAUAACCCUGAGAAGGGAAGAACAAGACGGCCCUCUAAACAGGGCCUCCUACUCUGCUACAGGGUCCACUGGUGUGCUGGAGCAUGUAGGGCAGGGCAGGCUGCUCCAGAGGUCAGCACGGAGGGCAGGGCUAUCUCUUGUGGGGCACAGCCUCAGGCCCAGGAGGCCCAUCCCACCAACUCUGCUGUCACCUGUUGCUGUGGCCCCUGAAGGCUCUCAAAGCUCUGAAGUGCUCUGCAGCCCAAGCUUAGAAUGGCACUGUCACUUCAAUCAUGCAUGGAAAGGAUGUUGGCAUUCGGUCAGCAUUCCUUUUUCCUGCUUCAAUAUUAGGUUUUGAUUUGCACUUCGCCAUUGUUUCCAAAGAUCAAGGAAUGUCAAUCCCAUUUUAAAGGACCAAUAAGUCACCUGUGAAUGCACCCUCUUGCAGAAGAAGCACACUGUCCUCCUAGGAAAGGUCCCUGGGCUCCGUCUGUCCUUUGGAUUGAGAAGGGUGUGGGGAUCAAUAUGUGUGCAUGUGCUUUGUUUGUUGAGUUGGCUUUGCUUUGUAAUUUUUCUUUUGCCUUUUAAAUUUUUCUUAAAUAUAUCUUUCUUGCUUACAUCCUACUAAUUUCUGUUUUUGAGAGGUUGAGUCUCAAAAGUGUAAAAAUAAACCUCCAUUCAUAAGGUGGAUGCUGUAUGCGUGACAGUAGUUGUGGAAGUAAUUUGACUUUGACGGCUCUUCAUGUUACAGCUUUUUUGUCAGACUGGCUAGGAAAGCCCAGGGGGAAGAGGGAUGGGGAAAGGGGCGGAGACGUUUUUUUUGGAACGAAUGGAUUUAUUUUGUUGUUUUUUGCAUGUUUAAUAUAGAAGUUCCUCUUGUUCCUUGGGAAGCCAUGGCCUUUGAAUGUGCACACAACCUUUGAAUUGUGCCUACUGAAUUAUCGCAGGGGACUUUGGCACCCAAGGAAUUCUGACUUUCUGGGAUUACACUAGUAAUUCCUGACUGUACUCUGGACUUUAUUUUGCUAACCAUAAUUGAGCAACUGUAAAUUACUGCUAUAUUAAUGUUUUAAAGCACUGGGAUAGUCUAAUUCUAACUUGUAAUUAAUUAUGUUUGCCAAUUAUCUGUUUGAAAUAAAUUUGUGUCUGAACAGCUAUUGAAACUGUUAAAUUGUACAGAUAUUAUCAUGACAGCUUUGUACUGUGGAAUGUGCUUAAUAAAAAACAAGAAGUUUGACUUUUGUCCAAUAAAUUGCUAAGUAAUGUCAAUAAAUCAAGUAUGAAUAUUAUGCAGUACACCUAAUCUGGCUUCUUGCAAUUGUUACUUCAGCUACUAUUCAAGCCAAUACUCUAAUAAAGUGUUGCAAUACUCUGA